AUGCCUAGUCUAGUGGUAUCUGGAAUAAUGGAAAGAAAUGGGGGCUUUGGAGAACUAGGAUGUUUCGGGGGAAGCGCUAAGGACCGAGGGCUGCUGGAAGACGAGCGCGCCCUUCAGCUGGCUCUCGAUCAACUCUGCCUCCUGGGUUUGGGGGAGCCCCCCGCCCCCACGGCGGGCGAGGACGGGGGAGGUGGGGGGGGCGGCGCCCCUGCACAGCCGGCCGCUCCCCCGCAGCCGGCCCCGCCGCCGCCGCCCGCGGCGCCCCCGGCCGCCCCGACGGCGGCCCCCGCAGCGCAGACGCCUCAGCCCCCCACCGCCCCCAAAGGGGCCAGCGACGCCAAGCUCUGCGCUCUCUACAAAGAGGCCGAGCUGCGCCUGAAGGGCAGCAGCAACACCACCGAGUGUGUACCCGUGCCCACCUCCGAGCACGUGGCCGAGAUCGUGGGUAGGCAAGGCUGCAAGAUCAAGGCCCUGAGGGCCAAGACCAACACCUACAUCAAGACCCCGGUGCGGGGCGAGGAGCCAGUGUUCAUGGUGACCGGGCGGCGGGAGGACGUGGCCACGGCCCGCAGGGAAAUCAUCUCGGCGGCGGAGCACUUCUCCAUGAUCCGAGCAUCACGCAACAAGUCCGGGGCUGCCUUUGGCGUCGCGCCUGCGCUGCCUGGCCAGGUGACCAUUCGCGUGCGGGUGCCCUACCGCGUGGUGGGGCUGGUGGUGGGCCCCAAGGGGGCAACCAUCAAGCGCAUCCAGCAGCAGACCAACACGUACAUUAUCACGCCAAGCCGAGACCGCGACCCGGUGUUCGAGAUUACGGGGGCCCCGGGCAACGUGGAGCGCGCGCGGGAGGAGAUCGAGACGCACAUCGCGGUGCGCACCGGCAAGAUCCUCGAGUACAACAAUGAGAAUGACUUCCUGGCCGGGAGCCCCGACGCCGCCCUGGACAGCCGCUACUCCGAGGCCUGGCGGGUGCACCCGCCCGCCUGCAAGCCCCUCUCCACCUUCCGGCAGAACAGCCUGGGCUGCAUCGGCGAGUGCGCCGUGGACUCGGGCUUCGAGACCCCACGCCUGGGUGAGCAGGGCGGGGACUUUGGCUACAGCGGGUACCUGUUCCCUGGCUACGGUGUGGGCAAGCAGGACGUGUACUACGGGGUGGCAGAGACCAGCCCCCCGCUGUGGGCCGGCCAGGAGAACGCCACGCCCUCCUCGGUGCUCUUCUCCUCUGCCUCCUCCUCCUCGUCCUCUUCCGCCAAGACGCGUGCCGGCCCCCCAGGAGCGCACCGCUCCCCGGCCACCUCGGAGCUGGCGGGACUCCCACGACGCCCGCCUGGAGAGCCACUUCAGGGCUUCUCCAAACUUGGGGGGGGCGGCCUGCGGAGUCCCGGGGGCGGGCGCGAUUGCAUGGUGUGCUUUGAGAGUGAGGUGACCGCCGCCCUCGUGCCCUGUGGACACAACCUGUUCUGCAUGGAGUGUGCAGUCCGCAUCUGUGAGCGGACGGACCCCGAGUGUCCCGUCUGCCACAUCACAGCCACGCAAGCCAUCAGGAUCUUCUCCUAAGCCCCCCGCCCCUGCC